CGUAAACAUCGUAGGUUCAUCUAUUAGCUAGGCUAAUGUUGAAUAUCGCACUAAGAGGUUUUGUUUUAUGCCACAACAGCUGUCUUCUUUACUUCUUGAAAAAUCGCGAGCGAGUUCAAAUACAAUGGAAAGCGAAGCUUCUGAUAUUGACCCUGCGCCAGGACCAGAAAGCAAUAAUAUGGAUGGGGAGAAUGCCCCACUAUAUUGUAUUUGCAGAAAACCGCACAUCAACUGCUUCAUGAUUGGCUGUGAUAACUGCAACGAAUGGUUCCAUGGAAACUGCAUUAAUAUCACAGAGAAGAUGGCCAAAGCUAUCCGAGAGUGGUACUGCAUGAGAUGCAGAGAUGAAAACCCAUUGUUGGAGAUAAAGUAUAGAAAAGAAAAGAAAAACCGAGACAGAGAGCCAGACUCUGAUAGAACUGAAAGACAGUACAGCACCCCUAGUACUCCAGACUACAGGAGUGAAAGGCGACGUGGAUCAAAAGUGAAGCGCUCCGUGCGAAUGUGUGGCGAAUGUGAGCCCUGCAGGAGGACUGAGGAUUGCGCACAAUGUGACUUCUGCAAAGACAUGAAGAAAUUCGGGGGCCCUAAUAAAAUAAGGCAGAAAUGCAGAUUCAGACAAUGUGAAGUCCGAGCAAGGAAAAUGCUACGGGUAAAAGAAGAGGAACAGUAUUUGCGAGAAAGAAGACAGAACUCCCACCACAGAAGAAGGCGUUACUCUGAAGACUAUGACAGCGAGGCAGAUCUCUACCACCAAUACAAAGCAUCAGGGUUUAACAGAAGCAUGGGGUGGGCAACGGAUGACGACGAUGACGAUGAGCCGCCUUUCAGUCCUGUCUUGCGAAAGAAAGCUGUGAAAGUGAAACACGUUAAGAGACGAGAGAAGAAGUUCGACAAAAAAAAAGAGUCCCGGCGCCACAAGCAGAAGCAGAAGCACAAGGACCGAAGCCGACACAGUGAGAGGGGAGACUUACGGGAUCACGGUGGGCGCCAUCAGUGUCUCGGGCCCAACUGUGUUGAGGCUUCAAGGGCAAAUUCCAAAUACUGCUCAGAGGCAUGUGGCAUGAAGUUAGCCGCCAAUCGAAUUUAUGAGAUACUCCCUCAACGCAUCCAGCAGUGGCAACAGAGCCCCUGCAUCGCAGAGGAACACGGUAAAAAGCAACUAGAGCGCAUUCGCAGGGAUCAGCAAAAUGCCCGCUUGCGCCUAACUGAAAUGGAACGUCGCUUCCAUGAACUGGAGGGCAUCAUCGCCAAGGCCAAGCAGCAGGCAGUGCAGCAGGAUGAGGAGGUGAAUGAAGGAGAGGGAGAUGACACAGACCUCCAGAUUUUUUGCGUGUCCUGCAGCCAUCCUAUCAACCCCAAAGUUGCACUAAGACAUAUGGAGAGGUGCUAUGCAAAGUAUGAGAGUCAAACCUCGUUCGGGUCCAUGUAUCCUACAAGAAUUGAAGGGGCAACAAGGCUCUUCUGUGAUGUGUACAAUCCCCAAAGCAAAACUUACUGCAAGAGACUUCAGGUUUUGUGUCCAGAGCAUUCUAGAGAUCCCAAGAUUCCUGUUGAUGAGGUGUGCGGGUGUCCUUUGGUGAAAAAUGUCUUCGAAUUGACAGGAGAAUAUUGCAGGGUGGCAAAACGGAAAUGUAACAAACAUUAUAACUGGGAGAAGCUCAGGAGGGCGGAAGUUGACCUGGAGCGAGUUCGAGUGUGGUACAAGUUGGAUGAGCUCUUUGAACAAGAGCGCAAUGUUAGGACUGCAAUGACCAACAGAGCAGGUCUGCUCGCACUGAUGUUGCACCAAACCAUUCAGCAUGAUCCUCUGACCACAGAUCUUCGCAGUAACAAGGAUAGGUAGUGGGAGUAGUCCACUCCUAUUGACUGGUCACUGUUUGUACUGAUAUUUGUGUCUUUAGGGUUUAAUCUAAAGAAAAAAUUGUACUGGUCAGAUGUGAAAAUAGAGUGUUCACUCUGGUUAUUGGGUCAUUAUGUGUCAAAUUAGACAAAAUAAUUUCAAGAUUUAACAUGUGCAUCUCCAAUUUUGAUUAAACUUUGUAGAGCUAAAGCUUUUGACUGAUGCACGAUUAGAUCAGGGGUUAUGAGCAUGUGAUCUCUUUAACUUUUGACCUUUUUUCGAUAAAUUUUGCUCUCAUUCUGACUUUCAGAUGUUAAUAUCCCAGUACAAUGACACUAAUUAAAGAAUGAUAGGAACAGGGUUGUCGAAAUAUGGACAUUUGAAAUUCAGUAGGACAGCAAAAUUUGUCAAAGAGGUCAAAAGAACAUCUCCCUAAUCCUUGACCCGAUUUUGAACUUGAGCUUUCAGUCAUAAGCAUUAUGUCUGCAAACUUUCACCCGAACUGGAGAUCGUUGGGUUGACUUUGCUAGGUGAACUGACAGGUCUAUCAAACUCCCAUGUGAUACAUUAAAACUGUUCAGACCAAAAGGACACUCAGAUCCCUGUUCUCAGUGUCUAAGCAGCAGAACAGGACAGGUUAAUUUUUUUUUUUUUUUUUUUACUUGGUUGUAUGAUAAUUAACUUAAAUUGAUAUAGAUAUAUAUAUAUUUUUUCCCAACUUCAUGAUCUAGUGCUGUUUUUGCUAUGAACUCAUAAAAUAAACUCUUAACGAAUGAAGCUUGUAGCGUAUUUAUGAAUCUCCUGAGUUUUCUCCUUAUCUGAUUACAUUCCGAAGCCUCGUUCAUAUUUGAUAUGCGGAUGAUAUAUCAUUGAUCUUUUUCAUGAAAGUAGAUUUGAAAUUCUAAGCGAUAAGACAAGCUUCCUCAAUUACAGUAUUUCUUAGUCCUGGGCAAAUUACUGUAAACAUUUAUGAAGCAGUAAACCAGGGGUUUCCAAACUAUCCUCCGAGGAACUGCUUUCAUAAAAGUUAAAGAGACAACUUAAAAGUCUUCAACUUUAUUUCAGUGAACACGACUAUAAAUAUAUUGUUAUAUUGUACGGCACUACACAUAUACAAAGGAAAGG